AACGGUGAUAAUUUGUUAAAAUUUCUUUUAAUUUUUUUUUCAUUCAAGUUUUUCAGACAUUUACUAAUAUCCAUAUUCGUUGUUCUAUUUAUGUAACCGUUAUAUUAAAUUUUCACGAAUUGUUAUAAGAUUGCUAAUUAAAAUGGACACAGUAGAUAUUCAAGCAGUAGAAUCAAAAUUAAGUGAUGUGACUGUUACAGCUAUACCAAUUUCUUCAACAAAAACACAAAAUUUAAAUAACUCCCAAACUAGUAACAAUACGGGUAGUAAUACUCCAGUUGGGUUGGCCAGUCCACAAACUGGUUUAUCAAAAUAUGCUCAACUCCUAAAUGUAAUUGAAGAAAUGAGCAGAGAAGUUCGCCCGACUUAUGCUGGAAGUCGUAGUUCAGCUGAGAGGUUGAAGAGAAAUAUUGUUUCUGCACGAAUUCUAGUCAGGGAAUGUUUGAUUGAAACAGAAAAAAGUGCCAGACAGUAAGCAGAUUGGACGUGCAAGCUCACUAUUUGCACUGUGUUGCAUUAAAGAAUUAUAUUAGUACAAAUUAUUGCCAACAUGAUCUGUCAAAUAGUAUUUAAAACUGAAAAGGUGUAAACAGGUAAAUGGAUAUUGUUGUGAUAAUUUUGAAAUAGAUUCGUCAUUCAAAGUACAAAACAAAUAACUAGUGAUAUAUCCAUAAAUGCUUAGAGCAUAUUUGAUUUUACAAGCCAAAUAGUUCAGUACCUGUUUCAGAUGGCAUUGUUGCUUGGAAAACAUUUUUACAUAUUAUGUUGUUAAGUUACCUUGAGAUUCACAAUAUCUCAGUUAUUUGUAGAUAACCUUAAGAUAAUGUAAGCUGUUGAAAAUGUACACUUCCAUUUAAACAUUCUUGUGAGUGUAACUCAGGUCAAAGUAUUUUCUGAAUAAUAUUUUUGUAUUUUAGAAUAGUAUAGAUAAUGAAAUCCAUUUAUAAACUAUUUUGAAGGAAUAUAUAUUAAAAUAAACAGUUUUCUUAUAUAAAAA